AUGGAAAUCUCUACUCUCGCCACAUACCAUUGCCUUGCUUUCGUCUGGUACUUUUUUGUAGCCUAUUCCAUCGUAUACAUCAGAACAGAAGAGCGGCCAUCUGAAGUGUUCCUUUACGGUGGGCAGUGGAAAUAUCUGACAGUCCUCAAUCUGAUUUUGCAGGCCGUCUUCUAUGGGGUAUCCUUCCUGGCUGAUAUGUUGAGACUAAUUAAGAAACUGCGAUGUGCUAAGUGCAUAAUUUCCAGCAGAGACCUUCUUUUCAGUGUCCUGGCUUUCCCAGUGUCCACAUUUGUGUGUAUAUCCUUUUGGACACUGUAUUCCUACAAUCGAGAGCUGGUUUAUCCCAGAAGCCUUGAUAGAGUGAUCCCAUUCUGGUUAAACCACGCUAUGCACACAGCUGUAUUGCCAUUUGCUCUCCUGGAAAUCCUUGCCUUGCCACACCGUUACCCAGCAAAGAGGAAGGGAUUGAUUCUAUUGGGAUUUGUCGCUUUUCUGUAUAUCAGUUGGGUCCUGUGGAUUUAUUCUGUAACAGGAGAGUGGGUAUAUCCUCUCUUUGCUUUGUUCAGCCCACCUGGACUAGCAGCCUUUUUUGCCGGUAGCCUUGCUGUCAUCGUCUCUUUCUACAAUUUUGGAGAGUUCCUCAACCGUAUGAUAUGGGGAGAUUCAAUAGUAAUACUGGACCACAAAUGGAGAAGCAAGUGAAUCCUUCUCUUGAAGCCAAACGAUCUCUCCAUGAAUGCUGAAGCCAUGAAGUAGAGGAAAAUAAAUGCAGCUGUGAUAAAUCCUUUCUCCAAUGCAUUGCAGCUUCUGGUGAAGCCAUUAUGACAUCAGACAUAUGGAAAACUGGUGGAAAAAAUGAAAUGUUUGCCUCUUACAUGAUAACUCUGAAACUGCUAUGAAUAAGAAAAUUGUGUUCAUCUGUUUACACAGAUUUCUCAUCUCUUGCACAAUGUACGUGAGGAUGUGUCCAUGGUUAAAACUCGUCACUGGUAAAUGCACUCCCUCAUGAGCUUGGCACCACUCUGUGAAAGACCUGUGAAAGCAAGCCAACUCUUGUUUGGAUUGCCCUUCAUCAAGUCUGGAAAAAAUUAAGAGGAGAGAUAAUUUUAACAGUGCUGUGACUUCCAAGCUAGCUAGAUAACAAAUUGGGCUAACAAGGACUGUAAUUAGAAAUGUCUGCUCAGAAAGUUCACCAUGAAGCCAAGUUCUUCUAACAAGAAACUUUCUGUAAUAUUAAUAUGCUUAAUAUCUCCCCUUCAUUUUAACAGGAAAUCUGAGGGCAACACUUUCUUCAUUUUUCUUGGUUUCAGUU